AGUUGAACGGUGCUUGGAAAAUGCGAUCAACAGUGCCAGUGGUCCGGCUGGCAAUGGGAACACAACAAAAUACAGAGUUUUGACAAAUUGAACAAAGUUAUUAAGCAGAUCUGCCUGUGUUUGGUUGUGAUAGGCAGAGAUGUCUGCCCAAGACAACCCUGUAUCUGUCAUAAAGGAGGGAUUCCUGUGGAAAAGAGGCGAGCAUAUAAAGAACUGGCGGAAGCGUUACUUUAUCCUUCGUGAUGACGGGUCCUUCCUUGGCUUCAGGACGAAACCUGAACAUGGCCUCAGUGACCCACUCAACGACUUCACAGUCAGAGACUGUCAGCUUAUGCCCCAGGAGAAGCCCCGUCCAAACACAUUUAUAAUCCGCGGCCUACAAUGGACGACGGUUGUGGAGCGCAUGUUUUGUGUGGAGAGUGCAGAUGAGCGUCAGGAGUGGAUGGAGGCCAUCCGCUCUAUUGCUGCCAAUAUGAAGGGUGUAGAUGACGGAGGAGCAACUGUAUUUGAUAAAUCAAAAAAGAAAGUGACCUUGGAUGAUUUUGACUUCCUCAAGGUAUUGGGGAAGGGAACAUUUGGAAAAGUAAUCCUGUGUAAGGAGAAGGCCAACAAUCAACUGUAUGCCAUCAAAAUCCUCAAAAAACAAGUUAUCAUUCAGAAAGAUGAAGUGGCACACACUUUGACAGAGAACAGGGUUCUACAGACAACAAAACAUCCAUUUUUAACGCAACUCAAGUAUUCAUUCCAGACACCAGACCGACUGUGUUUUGUGAUGGAGUAUGUGAAUGGAGGAGAGUUGUUUUUCCAUCUGUCCAGAGAACGAGUAUUUACAGAAGACCGAACACGGUUUUAUGGGGCAGAAAUAAUCUCUGCAUUAGGAUAUCUUCAUGAAAAUAAUAUAGUCUACAGAGAUCUGAAGUUGGAAAAUUUAUUACUAGACAAAGAUGGACAUAUCAAAAUUGCUGACUUUGGUCUAUGUAAAGAAGAGAUGUUUUUUGGAGCCAGCACAAAGACAUUUUGUGGAACUCCCGAGUAUUUAGCACCAGAGGUGCUGGAGGACAACGACUAUGGCCGAGCUGUGGACUGGUGGGGUACGGGUGUGGUUAUGUACGAGAUGAUGUGCGGACGUUUACCAUUUUACAAUCGUGAUCAUGACAUUUUGUUUGAACUGAUUCUUGUGGAGGAUGUACGAUUCCCAAAGACUUUAACACAAGCAGCAACAACUCUGCUGGGAGGAUUGUUAAUAAAAAAUCCAAAGAAGAGGCUUGGUGGUGGAGAAGCCGAUGUGAAGGAGAUCACAGGCCAUCCAUUUUUCCAGCCAAUUAACUGGGAUUUACUGGUCCAAAAAGCAAUUCCACCGCCCUUCAAGCCUCAGGUGACCUCCGAGACUGACACGCGCUAUUUUGAUGAUGUCUUCACUGGAGAGUCUGUGAGCCUGACUCCGCCAAACAAGCAUGGGGGGCCAGGGGAGUUCCAGUUUGGGGCCUUCAACCUGGCCAAUGGAGGUCACCCUCUGGAGAGCAUUGACGAGGAGAUGCCAGAGGCUCUUCCCUACUUUGAGAAGUUUUCCUACCAUGGUAGUAAGGUGUCGCUGGCCCACAGCCAUGCCUCCAGUUGUAUGAGCUUUGAAACUACCUGGAGCACAUGACCUCACUGACAUCCAUAGGGUCAUGUGACCCCGAACUAAGUGGCAUUUCAUUUUAAAGGAUCUGCUGGCAUGGCCAGUUGAUGGUGCCAUCCACUGCUUUCAGGUCACACGGUCAAAUAAAUUUGGAUCAUGUGAUCAAGGCCGAUCAGAGAUGUGUGUUCACAAACUCUAAUGAACUGUUUGAUCAAUGUUGUUCAUAUUGUAACCAUUAGAUUUUUUAUGACAAAGAUCAGUGUACAUGUGUAAUAGUUACCUUACCUGUAAAUUUAUCUUUGUCAGUGUUCAAAGGAGAGGUGCUCCUGUAACACAGAUGACAUGUAUUUACUACAGCCGUACAGGAGUGAUUGAACAUACUGGUUAUGUAACAUGUCAAUCAAAUCCUUCAGUGACCUAUUUACGUGAUGUAACUUUGGUCGUUCUUAUUACAUGCUUAUUAACAGGAAGCAGUGGAUGGAUGAUACUUCAGAGCUACUAAGGUAGUGGUGUACGAUUCUUAGUGUUGUGCAGGGUAACAGAUCAUUGCGAAAAUGAACAUCCUUAAAUUCUACUACAAGGUUGGCCAUAUUAUUUAUGACCAAUAUGCAUAUGUUACACAUUUUGUCAAAACUCUUAAAACCUAUAUGGUUACGUUGUAGGAAGACUUUAUUGUACUAGAGUUGUAGUAUUUUGUUUAAGCAGGCUCAAGAAUUUUGUCACAUUUUAUGUACAAUGUAGUUGUGUAGUAAUGAUAGUCUCUAUAGUUUGAACAUCACUGUGGUUUGUUGCUUCAGUUAUCCCAAAUCUGUCGGAUUUUUGAGAUUAAACAAAUAUUUGUCAACUUUUUAUAAUACAUUGUAUAACAAAGUCCUGAGGUAUAAGUGUUGUUUGAAAACAGUUCCUACAUGUAUGUGGUCAACAUCUUGCAAUGGAAGAUAUCUUCUUCAUAUUAAGGGACAAAUUUCAUUGAGGACAUUUUAGAACCAUGAAAUAGGAGGGGUAGUUUUAUGUUGUUGCUAGUUUGAUUUUUUUUUUUAAUUCCCCCAAUACAACUUGUCAUUUUAAAAGCAACAGAUUAUGUUCUUAAGAUUAAAUUUACAAACAAUAUGUGAACACAUGUUAUUGCAGGUCAAGUUGUUGUUUGAUAUUGUAGCUGUCGAUAACUUUUCUGAGUAGCUCGGAGUGUGGCAUAUGUGCAGGUAUUAGAUACUUAAAAUCAUUAGCUGAGCCACCGGAAUUAUCAGAUAGCUGUGAGGCAUUAAAUUUACAGUGACAUAGAAAAAAAUCAUGCUUUCCUAUUAAUGCUUUCCUUUAAUGGUGCUCCUACAAGGAAUAGCAGUUGCAUCUGUAUUGAGGUCAAAAGUUAAUGAGUAUGUGAUGAAUGACAUUUUUGUGAGUAUAAUUAUGCCUGGGCCUUCAGUUUUACUGACCAAUGAAAUGAGUAAUUUCAUCUUAUCAUGAGAAUGAAUUACAAACUCUGAAAUCAAGCUAACAGUAUACGUAAUUGGACUUGUUAAAAUUGAUUGCGAAUUACAAACUGUAAAAUCAAGUAAACAGCAGUUUUGUUGAAACUGAGAAUUAAUUGCUAUCAUCCCUAAUUCUAAAAGGCAAUGUGUAUGAUAUGACCACAGCAAUCAAGUCUUCUUUGUUCCAGGUCUGCUUUUCCCUAUUGAGUCAAUUUUAUUAAAGGAAGUAAUUUGAUAUCAUAUGUUUUAUUCAAAAACUUUGAAAACAAGAUAUAUGCUUUUCAGCUAAAUAUGUUAUGUAAAUUUAAGUCAGUUAACAACAAGCAAACACUUUUUCUGGAUGGAAUAUAAUUGGAUAUGAACAGAGAAAGUUGUGUUGAUUAGACUAUAUAAAAGAGUAAGAUUAGAUAUACCAGGUAGGAAAGAUGGAAUGAUACACUCCAGGAAUCUGUAGGAAAAACUGGUAAAUAAGCGAGACCUAUUGUAGUGUAGGAAAAAUAGGUAAAUAAGUGAGACCUAUUGUAGUGUAGGAAAAAUAGGUAAAUAAGUGAGACCUAUUGUAGUGUAGGAAAAAUAGGUAAAUAAGUGAGACCUAUUGUAGUGUAGGAAAAAUAGGUAAAUAAGCGAGACCUAUUGUAGGGUCACUAUUCCUCCACAAAAUCUACCCAGUCUCUUACUAUCCCUGUCUUAGUAAGAAAAGAAACAGAAUCAAUAUUGAGAUCAGAAAUAUACCGCGGUACAUGAUCCACUUUCAUCGUCACAUGUACAUUAUAUGACAACGUAUGAAAGUUACGUGAAUAUGAGACUGCUUUUUACAGAUUGAUUUAUACAUCUGCUAUGUGCGAUGUGAGAUUUUUGGCAUGGACCAAGACAAGUUUGUUUCUAAAUAAAUGAUUUACAUCCAUACAGCAGAAAUUCCAUUAGUCAUUCAUGAUCACAGCUUGCAUUGUUUAUAAGUGAGGGCAGUCUCCAAAAUAUUAAAAAUUACUUUUAUUAUCAGAAAUUUUAUGUGCUACAAUUUAAGAAGUAAAUGUGAAGGACCUUGUGACCCAAUGUCAGCUGUUUUACAUUUAAGCAUUGAAGAUAUCUGUUUUUAUUGGAUUGAUAUAUGAGUUUAAUUUAACGGCUUCGAAUUCUCUGAUAAUGACUUUACAUGUGAAGUAUGGUGUAACUCGGUACGUUUUAGAUCAGUGUAACAAUUUUGCUGAUUUGAUGUGAAAAGUAAGUGUAAAGACGUUACUAAGUGGUCUGCAUUAGGCCUGUUGUAUGUGUGGUAUUCUGUGAUUUUACGAACAUAUGUGAUAGUUGUAUUUUUGAUAUUUUAGAUUGUAUAAUGUGUGUCAUCUAACAAAAUUGUAUGUACAUACAAUUGUAGCUAUUUAGAAUUUAACUUUAUGGAGGUAGAAAAUGUCAUUUGCACAUUUUUUAACACAUUAAAUAUCAGCUUAGUUUGGAAAUAAUGUACAUAUUCAUCAUCAAAAAUAUGUAGAAUGUGUAGAUUACAUACUUUUUGAACCUGGCUCUGUCAUUGUUUGUCAGUUUUAUAAAACAUUACUAAAACAUAAUUCUUCUGCAUCUAUUAAAAGAAAACAUUUUCUCACACUUUCUGCAGACCAAAGUUGGCAAAAAGAUAACAGAUGAUGUUGACACUCAGUAUAUUAUUAUAAUAACUCUGGUCCUAUUAUAGUUAUAACUCUGGUCCUAUCAUAGUUAUAACUCUGGUCCUAUCAUAGUUAUAACUCUGGUCCUAUUAUAGUUAUAACUCUGGUCCUAUCAUAGUUAUAACUCUGGUCCUAUUAUAGUUAUAACUCUGGUCCUAUUAUAGUUAUAACUCUGGUCCUAUUAUAGUUAUAACUCUGGUCCUAUUAUAGUUAUAACUCUGGUCCUAUUAUAGUUAUAACUCUGGUCCUAUUAUAGUUAUAACUCUGGUCCUAUCAUAGUUAUAACUCUGGUCCUAUUAUAGUUAUAACUCUUGUCCUAUUAUAGUUAUAACUCUGGUCCUAUUAUAGUUAUAACUCUGGUCCUAUUAUAGUUAUAACUCUGGUCCUAUCAUAGUUAUUUCUGGUCCUAUCAUAGUUAUUUCUGGUCCUAUCAUAGUUAUUUCUGGUCCUAUUAUAGUUAUAACUCUGGUCCUAUUAUAGUUAUAACUCUGGUCCUAUCAUAGUUAUAAUUCUGGUCCUAUCAUAGUUAUAAUUCUGGUCCUAUCAUAGUUAUAAUUCUGGUCCUAUCAUAGUUAUAACUCUGGUCCUAUCAUAGUUAUAACUCUGGUCCUAUUAUAGUUAUAACUCUGGUCCUAUUAUAGUUAUAAUUCUGGUCCUAUUAUAGUUAUAACUCUGGUCCUAUCAUAGUUAUAACUCUGGUCCUAUCAUAGUUAUAACUCUGGUCCUAUUAUAGUUAUAACUCUGGUCCUAUCAUAGUUAUAGCUGUAUUGCACUAUUAGUUAGAGCUACUAUCCUGACAGGUAAACCUUUUAGUUAGAGUUACUAUCCCGACGGGUAUACCUUUUAGUUAGAGCUACUAUCCCGACGGGUAUACCUUUUAGUUAGAGUUACUAUCCCGACGGGUAUACCUUUUAGUUAGAGCUACUAUCCUGACGGGUAUACCUUUUAGUUAGAGCUACUAUCCCGACGGGUAUACCUUUUAGUUAGAGUUACUAUCCCGACGGGUAUACCUUUUAGUUAGAGCUCCUAUCCCGACGGGUAUACCUUUUAGUUAGAGCUACUAUCCCGACGGGUAUACCUUUUAGUUAGAGUUACUAUCCCGACGGGUAUACCUUUUAGUUAGAGUUACUAUCCCGAUGGGUAUACCUUUUAGUUAGAGUUACUAUCCCGACGGGUAUACCUUUUAGUUAGAGUUACUAUCCUGACAGGUAUACCUUUUAGUUAGAGUUACUAUCCUGACAGGUAUACCUUUUAGUAAGAGCUACUAUCCCGACAGGUAUACCUUUUAGUUAGAGCUACUAUCCCGACGGGUAUACCUUUUAGUUAGAGCUACUAUCCCGACAGGUAUACCUUUUAGUUAGAGCUACUAUCCUGACAGGUAUACCUUUUAGUUAGAGGUGUUAUCCUGACAGGUAUACCUUUUAGUUAGAGCUACUAUCCUGACAGGUAAACCUUUUAGUUAGAGCUACUAUCCUGACAGGUAUACCUUUUAGUUAGAGUUACUAUCCCGACGGGUAAACCUUUUAGUUAGAGGUACUAUCCUGACAGGUAUACCUUUUAGUUAGAGGUGUUAUCCUGACAGGUAUACCUUUUAGUUAGAGCUACUAUCCUGACAGGUAUACCUUUUAGUUAGAGGUGUUAUCCUGACAGGUAAACCUUUUAGUUAGAGCUACUAUCCUGACAGGUAUACCUUUUAGUUAGAGCUACUAUCCUGACAGGUAUACCUUUUAGUUAGAGCUACUAUCCUGACAGGUAUACCUUUUAGUUAGAGGUGUUAUCCUGACAGGUAAAUCUUUUAGUUAGAGUUACUAUCCUGACAGGUAUACCUUUUAGUUAGAGUUACUAUCCUGACAGGUAUACCUUUUAGUUAGAGCUACUAUCCUGACAGGUAUACCUUUUAGUUAGAGUUACUAUCCUGACAGGUAUACCUUUUAGUUAGAGGUGUUAUCCUGACAGGUAAAUCUUUUAGUUAGAGUUACUAUCCUGACAGGUAUACCUUUUAGUUAGAGCUACUAUCCUGACAGGUAAAUCUUUUAGUUAUGACAUCAGUCCUUUUACUGUAAGUAAUAAUUCUGAUCAUUUUAAACUUUUAUGUUUUAGAAAUGAUUAUCAAUGACAGCUAGAUCUGUAAGAGAAAUUGAAUAAAUAUUGAGUUUACCCUUGAUGCUGACUCUUUUAAGCAUGUAUAUAUAUAUACUUUUUAAAUCAUACAUAUAUUAAACAUCCAGAUGUUUUAACCAAAAAUUAUACAAUUAACAGUAUAUCAAAGUUGAAAUAAUCCAAAAUGUAUAGUUAUGGGUGUUUCACUGGAACAUGAACACCUCACUCUAGGGCAUUAUAUAAUACUAGUGAGGUCAACACGCCUAGCUUUAUGGAGUGUGAUCUGCAGAAUAUAUAAACCCACACCUGAGUUAUUUAUAGGGAGUGUGGUCUACAGAACAUAUAAACCCACACCUGGGUUAUUUAUAGGGAGUAUGGUCUACAGAAUAUAUAAACCCACACCUGGGUUAUUUAUAGGGAGUAUGGUCUACAGAAUAUAUAAACCCACACCUGGGUUAUUUAUAGGGAGUAUGGUCUACAGAAUAUAUAAACCCACACCUGGGUUAUUUAUAGGGAGUAUGAUCUACAGAAUAUAUAAACCCACACCUGGGUUAUUUAUAGGGAGUAUGGUCUACAGAAUAUAUAAACCCACACCUGGGUUAUUUAUAGGGAGUAUGGUCUACAGAAUAUAUAAACCCACACCUAUUUAUAGGGAGUAUGAUCUACAGAACACAUAAACCCACACCUGGGUUAUUUAUAGGAAGUGUGCACGUGGUCUACAGAAUAUAUAAACCCACACCUGGGUUAUUUAUAGGAAGUGUGCACGUGGUCUACAGAAUAUAUAAACCCACACCUGGGUUAUUUAUAGGAAGUGUGGUCUACAGAAUAUAUAAACCCACACCUGGGUUAUUUAUAGGAAGUGUGCACGUGGUCUACAGAAUAUAUAAACCCACACCUGGGUUAUUUAUAGGAAGUGUGCACGUGGUCUACAGAAUAUAUAAACCCACACCUGGGUUAUUUAUAGGAAGUGUGGUCUACAGAAUAUAUAAACCCACACCUGGGUUAUUUAUAGGGAGUGUGGUCUACAGAAUAUAUAAACCCACACCUGGGUUAUUUAUAGGGAGUGUGGUCUACAGAAUAAUUGAUAGAAGUGUGAUAAAUCGUCUCAUAUCACCCGUCGGUGAGAUUGCAUCAUUUACAAUCAUUGAUCUUAACAGAAUAAGAAUCCCAUCAGUAAUGUAUCUAUAGGGACUGUGCUAAAUGAAAGUGAUGUUGACAUAAUAUUGUUAAGUUUUAAAAAAUGUUUAAAUGUAGCGUUCAUUGAUAACUCUGUUGAAUAAGGCCUAAAAUGAGCUGCCCUGUCUUAAGCCGUUAUGUACUCACCAUCAUCAGAUUGGGGCUAUUCAAAUCGCCCUGCAUCGGUGGUCCAUCUGUCCGUAAAUAAUCCUUGUUAUCGCUAUUUCUUGAACAGUACUUGAGGGAUAUUUCUUAAUCUUCAUGUGUUGGUUCUUCUUGGUCCCUUGUUGUGCCAAUUUAAUUUAGAUUUUUGAUUAGAAAAACAAUUUUGGGAACUGAAGAUUAUCAUCGCUAUUUUUUUUAAAUGAACUGAAAGGAUUUGUUUCAAACUUCACAUUUAGGUGUCACCUGUUAUCAGAAUAUAAAGAGGAAAAAUUGAGAGAUGAGUCUGAUAUAGGACCAAUAAAGAUCAUUCAAUGGUGUGCACUAAGAUCCCUCUGGUUGUCUAGAUCUUGUUUCAUAGACUAAGAAUAGUAAAUAUAUUUGAUGUUUUCAGGAAAUUCAGGUCGUUUUCAUACUAAGGCUGAAAGUCACUACCUCGAUAGUUAUGGCUUCAUGUUAUUGACUUUUUAGCGGCUUUUUAAUGUUGUUGUGUUUUUAAAUCUUUUCUAAAUGAAUUUUAAGUACACUGUAAUUGAAUUUGACAGAUUUUAUCAUGGUUGUUGAAAUCAUCUGGAAAUACAAAGAAAUCCUACCCCUACUUAAGACUACUCUGUACUCUAUAGACUAGCAUCCACCGUACCAAUAACCAUAGGCAUAUUACUGAUUGGUUAAAAUAUUUAAGCUUCAAAUUGAUAUUGUUAUGAUAUGUAAGAAAAGUUUUUACUUUUAUCUCCUAUUUGCAUAUAAGAUAUACUUAAUAAGAAAUAUCACUCUUUUAUAGAUAAGUGUUUGGUUAUACAUGUAUAUGUUGAUGUAUAUCACAUAAUAGAUUGAAUUCAAAUUGCUCUAUAUUCUUGUGUGACAGAUGUGUACACUACUUACUCCUUUGGUAGUUGGGUAGCUUACACACCUACCAGUAUGCCAUUUUUGACAUGUAAUAUUUAAUGUUGUUCUCUGGAAUAUACAGUCUUGAAAUUUAUACAUAGAAAUACUUUUGACACACAAGUUGUUGAUUGUGCUAACACAACUGUUGAUAAUGUGUAGAAAGUUGAGGGGUGACAACUCUGUGUGAUUGUGUAGAAAGUUAAGGGGUGUCAACUCUGUGUGAUUUGAAACAUUUAAUAGAGGAAUGAUUGAUGUAACAUUAAAAAAAAUAGUAUUACCUAUGAAAGUUGCUGAAGACAGAUUAAAACAAGGAAUACAUUUAACAGAUUAUAUCCUGCUACAUAUUGAAAUAAUAGUAUUAGAGGUAUAGUAGGUUAUUAUGACGAGUAUUGACCAAACAAACUCUGUAAAGUGUGAAUGAAGACAUAUUGGACUUAAUUUGAAAAUCCAGUUAUAUAAUGAGAGUAGAAGGUUAUACAUGUAUAAGGAGAGAGAAGUGUAAAAUUUGUUAUGUUUGUUAAUCCAAUUGACAUGUAAUGCAUACAUUGUGCAUUUGCAGUACAAGUAAACCUCAUUUGAAUAUUUGAUACCGAUGUAUAUGAAAUAUAUGUAAAACUUAAUGUAAAAUAUUGAUUUAUUAUAAUUAUAGUUUGAAGUUAUCAAUACAAUUUCUUUGGCAGUUUGGUGAGAAUUCAAAGUUCAAUCUUUAGGUGUCACAUCCUCUUAUAAUUAUAUCGUGAAUGACUUUUGGGUAAAGAACCUUGGCUCUGUCACUUUAUUUUGUGUGGUUAUAGGAUUAACACUACAUCCUUAUAAGUCCUAUCGGUGGUACUGGGGUACUAUAGGUUUCCUCUCGGUCCAUCUUGUACACGUACAUCCUCGUGUAUAUAAUGCCAAGUUUGUCAGUGCUUUAGGGGCUUUAUUCCUUGAGGGAUUAUGGUCAAACUUCACACAAUGGACCAUAAUAUCUCGGACAAGUUCAGAGAUUUUAGGUCAAGGUCACUGUUACUAUUUAUAGAAAACCUGAGAAAUCAGAAAUUGAAAAAAUUACAAAAAUUUUCUCUAUUGUUUGUAGGUAAGAAUGUUAGGUAUUACUUAAAAUUAGAGGAAUAGAGGAAGGGGGGUUAAGUGUAAGAUGUUGAGUUAUAGUAUAUAAAGACCCAAAUGUUAAACACUUGAAGAACUGUAGACUGAAGGGCCAUGGUAGGACUCUAAAUACUUUAACCAUACUACCUGGUAUUGUCUCUGUAUGUGUUGGUGUGGAAGGAUACAGGCAUAGUCUUUAGGAUUAUAAUAACAAUUAUCCUAGAUUGACCAAUUAUGUGAUUAAAACAUCCUAUAUAUUGAUUGUAUGAAGCAUUGUAAAUACAUGGUGAUAACCUUCUUGUUUGUAAAAUUAAGAAGUUAGUUACCAUGCUAGAUCAAUAAACAAAAUCAUGUACUGUC